AUGGCUAUAAGUUUUAUAUGCCAUCAUCUAAUUGAAGGUCUAAAAGAUCAGUACAUGACAAUAGAAAAUCCACUAGACCUUUGGAAUGCUUUACAUCAUAGAUAUGAUCACCAGAAAACCGUGUUACUCCCAAAGGCUACGAAUGACUGGAUGAAUCUCAGAUUCUUAGAUUUUAAGUCAGUGGAUGAGUACAAUUCAGCCUUGUUUAAGACAGUCUCGAUGCUAAGGCUUUGUGGUGAAGAAGUAACCGAGGAAGAGUUACUUGAGAAGACCUACACUACGUUCCAUGCAUCGAACAUAAUACUGCAACAGCAGUACAUAGUGAAAGGCUUCGCCACAUACACUGAUCUGAUCUCGUGCCUACUACUGGCCCAGGCAAACAAUGAGCUACUGAUGAAGAACAGUGAAGCUAGACCUGUUGGAACAGCAGCAUUGCCAGAAGCCCAUGAGGUUGAAAAGAAAGAUCCCAACGAGUGCAACUACGCCCAAGAUAAUAAGAGAUCACAUGGCAAAGGCCGAGGUGGAUACAAGAGGCGUGGCCGUGACAACUACUCGAACGGCCGAGACAACUACUCGACCGGCCGGAAAGGAAACCACAAUAAUCGUGGUCGUGGUUCCAACUAUGGCUGUGGCCGAGGCAGUUAUGGCCGAGGUCGAGGCGGCAUAUCCAAACCGUCUUACGCGACCAAAUCUGUUUGUCACAGAUGUGGGAUGGACAACCAUUGGGCCAAGAAUUGUAGAACCCCUAAGCACUUAUGUGAACUCUAUCAAAAGAGUCUCAAGAACAAGAACCCGGAAGCUCACAUGGUUCAUGAUUCCGGAUAUGAUGCUGAUGAUGAUUCCGACUUUGCUAAUGAUGACCUAAUGGAUUUUGAGACUUCUGAUUGUCUCAAAGGAUAA